UUGGUUCAAUGUCAAUAGGCAACGUAUGCACAGUAUGAGUCAACAAGGGAACAUUGAUAUUCCCAGUGGAGUGUCUGCUUCAUAAAUACUUCAAUAAUGUUUCUGGUGUUAAUUUUAGUUGCACAGGUUCAGGGAAUACUUCGAGAACCUCCAGUGCCAAAACUUAUCAUCAUAUCAUACAGUGGAUUCCGUUACGAUUAUUUCGCGCACAAUGCCACCCCCUUCUUGAACGCUUUGAGAGAGGACUGGGGAGAUGUGAGAUAUCCCAAGUAUGAUUUUUUCAAAAGAAAAAAUUCACAUAGUGUCACUGCUACCAAGGAAUAUUCUACGGGGACUCGCGAGUCUUUGGAAAAUGACGGAUUUUAUGAACAAGAUGAGCAGCUCAAUAAGUCCAUUCACAUCCCGACGUAUGCCCAAGAUGCUUUACCUAUUUGGAUUAUCAAUGAAAUCAAUGGAAGGAAUAGGAGCAGUGGACUGAUGAUGUGGCCUGGCGGGGAUUUUGUAUUUAAUGGGACGCGCGCAACAUAUGUCAUGGAAUUCAAUGAGAAUGAAAAUUGGAAUUCUCGGAUUGACAUGGUUGUGUCCUGGUUCAAGGACCCUAAUCGCCCAAUAAAUCUGGCAAUGUUGUAUUUUGAAGGACCUAAUUUGCACACGCACGGUGUUCAUCUCAAUUUUUCCCUAGUUGAUGAUUCACUCAGACGAUUGGAUACUGCAACUGAAUAUCUGUAUGAUCAAUUAGUGAAAAAUAAUCUCAAUGAUGUCAACGUCAUUCACGUGAGCGAUCGUAUGAUGAUCGAUAUUUCUGCAGUGAGAGUUAUCAAUAUCACAGCGAUCAUUGGGAAUGAACAUUAUGGAAUUGCUGGUAGUUCUUCCACUUGGAUCAUCAGGCCAGAUGAAGAUAAUGCAGUGCGGAUUUACGGGAAAUUACGGGCAUUCAUGGAAAGAAGUCCAGGAUUUGAAGUCUAUUGGAAGGCCGAACUUCCCAAUUCACAAUUGCGUCAGCGAAUCGAAGUAGAGGGAAUCGUUCUCAUUGCCAAACCAGGAUAUAUAUUUGAAAAGGCUGUAACCAAUUACGAAAUUCUGAAGACAACAGUUGACAUAAAUAUUACCAAUGAGUUCCAAAUUGAGUCUUCUGAAGAAGACGAUGAUGAUGGACCAGGAGUCUUUUUCUUCGCGACUGGCCCUGCAUUCGAAAAACAUUGCACUCUAGGACCAUUAGAUGAUGAUGAUGAAGAUUUAUAUCCUCUGAUUUGCCGAGUUUUGAACAUUUAUUGUCAUGGGAGAACUCAGGAGAUCAAGUCUUUCGAGAAAUGCAUCAGGGAAAUUAGGGAGGAAUCCAAUUAUGAUGUCUUCCUCGUGGUAGUAUCAAUACUGGUAAUUAGUCUGUUCAUCGGCUUCGUCAUUAUUCUUUUUACGAGAAAACGGAAACUUCAUCAGAACUUCAAUGUUACUCCAGAGAAGAAAUUCUAAGCGAUUGUCGACCUCGAUAACCAGCGAAUAAAUGACGGCAUGAACGACUGUAAUGCGCCCAUUUGAAA